AUGCUUAUUGCGGUAAGUACGAGGUUAUUAUUUUAUACAAUUCACUAUACAUAGUAAUAUGUACAAUGUGUUAUGAUAAUAUAUAGUAACGUUUUUAAAACGCAGACGCAGACGAGUAAAAAAAAAAAAAAAUGCACAAUAUAAAAUUAUUAUGUCACAUUUAUUCAAUGUAGAUGGUCGAUAGUUCCAUGAAAAGUACCGAUACGUAUAGUAUAGUGGAAUUUUCAUUGUCUGAAAUCUGAAUAUGCAUAGGUAUUAUCCGCUUAAUGAUUUAUUCAAAUAAAUACAUCAAAUGGAUAAUUCGUCAUGAAAUUCGUGAUUACCAGAGACCGAUAUUUAAAUAUUAAUUUUUUUUUUUCUAUAAAUAAAUUAAUAGAUGAACUUUUACUUUAAUAAAUAUCCUGAUCACGAGCGGAUAUAUCCUCCUAACCCCUCACUCUGUUGUUAGUUACGAAACAUAUAUUGUUGGCGUAAUUCGCAAGUACUCUAUUCAGAAUAGUUUUUCAUUAACAACGGUUUAUCAUCAGUUACAAACAUAAAUAAAUUACAUUAUACUCGUCCACUCUUUCAACUCCUCCUAAAUCUUUUUUUUUCUGUUCACACAUUUUUUAAAUCAUAAUGUUUACAAUUCGUAUUUUAUUUCUGUAACAGAUUAUAAUAUAUGAUUUAUUAAUAUUGAAUUGUUGUUAAAAUAUAUAUAUAUAUAUAUUUAAAAAAAUAAAUACAUUUUUUUAAAUGUAUUUAUCUUUUUAAAUCCUAAAUUUUUAUAUAAUCCCCGGACGCUUCCAAAUGUUCCAGUCCCCGAAUCCCGGGGUUAUCAAAGUAGAUAUAUAUUCUAGUUCAGAUACUGAUAUCAACUGUACAUCGUAUUUAGUUUUAUAAUUUACCAAUGCAAAUUUAUCCAUUUGACGUAUUUCUUUUAAAUGUUCCAUUACUUAAUUGUUACUGCGGGUAUACCUAUUUAUACCAGUGCCGUUGACACGAGGCACGUGUCCUUUCUCUUAAUUUUUUUUUUUUUUUUUACUAAGCGCUCUGAAAUGAACAGUUCACACAUUUCGAUAAUUCAAAUUCGGCAUUGAAUUUGACAUAAUAAUAUGCAAAUCAAAAUUUUAGGACAAUCUAAUAAAUUUGAAUAAUAAAGCAUUAAAAUAAUUUUCCAACAGGCGAUAAUGAAAUUGCUAUUAAUAAUAGUAAGUUUUACAAAUAUAACAUUGUUUUAGAAUAAUAAUAAUAUAUUAAUAUUUAAUACCUAGUAAUUCUGAAAAAGAAAAAGAAAUAAAUCGAUUUUGGAUAGCAAUAGAAUAUUAUUUUAAAUAAUAGAAUAUAGAUUUGUUAGUUGUGAAUUUUUCAUUUUUUGGAAUAUUAUGUUCAUUAUUUUCAGAGAUAUUUUUAAAAUUAAUUUUAUUUAGACUUUUCGCAAUAAUCACAAACCGGAACACUGUGCGGUUUCGUUAAUUGCUCGAAAUAAAAUAUAUUAUAAAAAACGCCCAUUUAAUUGCUGUAUUAUUUUUAUUUUAUAUAUGAUAAUAAAUUGACAUGAUAUUGCACCCGUUAAAUAGGUCAUACAGCUAUGUGAAACAAUACUUGAAAAUAUAUUUAGUAUUAUAAGACGCUGUAUAUUUAUUUUUUAUUUGUAGAUAUUUGUGUCAGUGAGUUAAUUUAUUGAUUUAUUUAUUUGUUUUAUAUAAUAACAUAAAUUAUUUUAUUUUGUUUUAUUAAAUAUGGGCUAAGCCACGUGCAUUUACAAGCCCAUCUUCAACAUUUUCGAAUCAUUAUUUCCCUCUUAAAUUACAAUGUUUCGAAUUUGACCAAGUCGCCAGCCCCAGCCCCCCCUUUAAAUUUUCUCUCCUAAAUAAUGAUACGAACAUUUUCAACUUUUCAAAUUUUUGACAAAGUUCUUCAAUACGAAAUCGACUUGAUAAUUAUUUACAAAAGGUUCAUGGAUGAAGUUAUUCAGGACCAUUUAAUUCAUAUUAGCUGAGCGACCAGGCCUAAAACCAAAUUUGAUGAUCAAUAAGGACCGAGUUGACUGUUGAUAGAAUAUUAUUGAGUAGGAGUUUUUCGAGAAGUUUAGCAAUAUGACUUAGGAUGAAAAUGAGCCUAUAGUCCUUAACACUGGAUUUAUCACCUGAUUUUAAAACUGGGGUGACAGAUCAUAGUUUCCCGACAGCUGAAACUCUCCCUUCAUCCAGAGAAAGUCUGAAAAAGAAGCUAGAGGGAAACGGUAAGAAAAGACUGAAAAGGAAAGUUCCAGAUUUUACAUUAUUCAGCUUAUGACUAACUCGACAUCAGCAAUACUACACAACACUAACAAUUAUUAGGUAGAUCGUAACUUAGAUGAGGAAGUUAAACACAACUUUUGGAGAAAGUAAGGGAGUGAACUGAGUUGAAGAACUCAGAAAACAGAUCAGUAAUGCCAAAAUGUUCAGAAUUAAAACGAUCGUCUAACCAGGCAGUGUUAGGAAUACUAUUAUCGGACCUAACACUACGAACAAAUUUCCAGAAUGAACCGGAGUUAUUUUUUAAGGCAGCUUCAGUGAGAGUUAUGUACUUUUUAUGACACUUUUUGGACUUAUGUAUACCGGAUUUGGAGAUUAGAAAACUAAACUUCCCGAGUUUGAGCUCAUUUGGUCCGAAGUAAGUCGCUAAAUGUGUCCUAAAAUAAUGGAAAAAAGAUGCAUAUAAUAAAUAUAAAUAACACACAUAUUAUUCAUGAGAGAGAUAUCAGUACAAAUAACUUCCUUUUCGGGGAAGAUUUGUCAACAAUUUCAAACGAAUAAUUUUUUUUAAUUCAAAUAAAUUAAUACGGUAAUACAUAUCGGUCACGGGAAAAUUUAAACCGAAUUUUAAUAAUUAUUGCCUUACACCUAUAUAGAUCAGAUAUACUACGAUUUGAAUGGUAAGUUAUACAAAUAUAAUUUAAUUUUAGAACAUUAUUAUAUUGAAUUUUAUUUGCUGAGUGUACGUGAACAAAUUGUAUUAGAUUUAUUAUAACGUGUGUUUUUUUUUCUCGGAAAAUACUUGUUCAGCUUGUAAAAAUACAUAGAUAUUUACAUAUCAUACUCAAAACGAUUUUUCUCCUGGUGAUUCUGUAGUCAGCUAACUAAUUUGAUUAGCUUCUCCGCAGCGUACCGUACAAUGACUAUAAUAUGCCCACCCAUAUCAACUUUUUUUUAUUUAAGAUAUUUUUAUGAGCUGGUUUGCUUGCUUUUACCAGGUUCAGGGUUUAGCAUAGUUUCAUAUUUUCCUAUGUAUUUUCCUAUUGGAAAUCAUAAAUUUGUAAUGUCACGUCUUGAGUACUUUACGUAUAGAUUAUACGAUGUUACAUGAUAACAAGUUACAGUUAAAAUUAACUAUGUAAUGUUUUUUUUUCGUGUUUCGCGAAAGACAUUUCCCAAUAAACAUCUCAUACAUUGCGCAACAUACUCAGUUUGCUGCAUUUAUUCAAAUUAUUUUCAUCGCUGAUUUUUAAUAUUGACGCAUAAUAUUGUUCUUCGUUCUUUGUUUUUAAAAAAAAAAUAACAAUUAUACAUCAAAAAUUUAAUUGCAUUAUUGCGAUUAUUUGAUUGCAUUAUUGAUUGAUAUUAUUAGUUAAAUACAAGUAUAUGAUUAAUUAUGAGCAAUUGUUAAUUAGGAUGUAAACUGCCUCUGGAAUGUUCCGUAUACGCGUUUAUUUAUUUAGGUAAGUGUAAUAUAUCAAACAAUUUUUUUAAUUGUUGGUAAUAUAAGAGGGUCCGGACAGAAAUUGUUCUCAGGGAAAUCCUUAAUGCGAUCGUUUCGUGGUAUCUCUCUCUUCUCCCAAAAAUAUGGCUUCAGUCGUUUCAUAUUUUUUAUGAUCCGCACGAACAUCAAUACCCCCACUGCAACUGCCGUCGAAGUAAAUUAUUAUUCAAUGCAAACAACACGAGGAUGCCUAGGCUAAUAUCUUACUACGUCCCCUUACAAAUCGUAUACAUAUGCGUAUAUGUACAUAAUUUUUGGGGCUAGGACAAUGAACCGAUAAUCCUAUUCCGGGUAUUAUCGUUACGUUAUGAUAUUAAAUUAUAUUUAAGGAAAACUAUCCAAAUAAUUUCGAUGUUUUGAUAUACAAUGAUUUUAAAUAAAAUAAAAUAUCAAACCAAUAGUAUACACGUAUAUUGUGUUCUAUUGCACUAUAGAAAUGGUUCUCGAUCGUUUUAGAACCACCACCCAAAUUUUCCUUCAAAAAUCUAUCGCAACCUACACGGUUUCACUUUGCAAAAAGUAAUUUAUAAAAACAGCUGAGAAAAUAAAAAAAUGAUCUCCUCAAAGUACCGCCCCGGUCAGAUUUUUUUAAAAAAAAAACGGGCUACACUUAAAAAUCGGAGCAAAAUUGCUUGUAAAAAAGUUGUUCACAGAUAAAAAAAAAAAAUAAACAUUAUUUUAAAACCAAUAUAAAUGAAAACGUAACGCCGGAGCUAAACCUAAAUGUGUUGAUGGCGUAAGACACUUUGUGGAAUACCUUCAGAUUAGAGCCCUGCAUUUGAUCCGAUAGAAAUUCUAAAUUGACUUGAACCAAUUCAACUCGAUACGAAAAUCCAAAAGAUCCGCCCGGGACUACACAAAAAAAUGUAUAAAUAAGACCGAUCCAAUUCAAUUCGACUUUGGGUCGAGCCGAAACUCGAGUUGGAAUGGGCCGGCCUGGUCCGUGCAGUGCUCUAUUAUAACCGUGCAUCUGAGACAUACAGCCAUACAGGGCACCAGUUAUAGAUUUUCAAAAAAAUAUUUAAAAAAAAAAAAAAAAAAAACGAGCACAUUCGACGCGUAACAAUCCUUCACAAAUAUUACAAGAUAUAAUGAAUAACAUUAGUAAUAUCCUGUCGGCUCAGCGUCGCGGUCUCGUAUUUUCUUCGUAUUGUUUUACAAUAUUCACAUUGGUGAACUAUAUUAUGAUAAUGCACUACUACUAUGAUUAAAAAAUAUACAAGCAAAUAAACAUAUAAUUAACACAGAACUGUAAAAUAAUUUUUACUAUGAGCUAUAUAUUAUUAUCGAUCUUUUAGACUACAGCAAUGUACAACGUAAGUGUUAAUUUCGAUUAGACCUGCCUUAAAUCUAUAUGUUGGAAUUAAGUUAUUACAUAAUAGGUAUAUUUUCGAAAAGCUUGACGAAAAGGUAAUAUUUUUUUUAACGACAAAGCUUUUUGGACAAUAUAUAUUUAAUAUUACAUAUUAUACAAUAUGACUCGCUAAGCGUAUCUAGCCAUUUUUUUUUUUUUUUAAUUUUGCAUUUAUUCAAAUUUUGAUUUUCGGAAUAUUUAAGCAUAGUUAAAGCAGACAUUUUCGAAUACUUAGAUUUUCUACAAUAUUUAAAGAGUAUCCUUUGGCGAUACCAACUUUGGUUAUUCAAAUGAGAACCUAUAUUAAAAAAAAACUCCAUAAAUAGACGGAGUGUUACUUUAAAUAAAUUAUGGCGUCAAAAUUUUUGAUUUCCGUCAACUCGUUAACGAUAUAUUCCACUUAUAAGUUAAGGUGGAGGGAGAUUAAUGAAUAACCCUGCGCAAUCGAUAUCAUCGGAUUUCUAUUUAAUUUACUCCUCUUAUUAAUAAAUCAGUAAAUUAUUUUAAUUCCAAAUCAAUAUAAAAUUACUAAAUUAAUCUAAUUAGUUAAUAAAACAGUUUAUUUUAUCAAUGUAAAGAAAUAUUUAUUGCCAGUCUAUUAUUUUAUUGUUUUUAGCGUUUUCACAAAAAUAUAUGAAAUAUCUUUAUAGAGGUAUAGGAAGAGGUAAGUAUCAAAAGUAUACUAGUUGUAUGCCCGUCAACAGUUUUACAUAACUAGUUAUAACAGUCAUUAAAAUUUUUAAUAACCAUUUUAAGGUUAGUAUAAGAUAGAAUAGAACCAGAUUCGUCUGUCUGUGACGCUUUUCCAUUUAUCGUUCACACCAUAGGUAGAGUAGUUACUCUAUGAUUUACACUUAUCGCUUAAAAGUUAUAUAUUAUCUUACUUAUCACAUCGCAUGUCUAUAAUCGGUUAUUCCUUAUCAAUAUCUUCUUUUUCUUCUUUUCCUUCGCGUUCAUCCUAGCUAUUUGGGGUCAGCCACCUUCGUCCUAAACUUCUGCUUAACUUGAUCUUCCACCUCGCAUAGACUGGCUGUCCUUGAGUAUCCUUGCAUUAUCACAAAAUACCUCUUUUUCGAUUUCUUUUUUCUUCAACGUUUAUUUUCAUUAUUAUUGCUACUGUUUCCUCUCUCCCCAUGUCUUGCCCAAACCAUUUCAGUCUAUUUUCUUUUAUUUUGUAUUCUGAGCGAAGCGAGGAAUGUAUUGGUUUUACAAUGAUGGUUUUUUUUUAAAUUUGUUUUCUGUGAACAACUCUUCUACCUUAAGUUUUGCCCUGAUUUUCAAGUGCAGCACUUUUUUUAAAGUAAAUUUGACUGGGGUGGUACUUAAAAGAAAUCUUUUUUCUUUUUGAUUUUUCUGUGGGUUAACAUAAUAAAUUGGAAAACCAGUUAAAAAUGUAAGAAAAAUGGGAAAAUAUACGAAAUAUAUUAUUUUUGAAAUUUCAUAAAAAUUACGUAUUUUUACGUAUAACCGAACUCCGCUCAGAAUCAUUUUUCGAUUAAUUGUUGUGUCGUGCAAAGUAAUUUUCCAGGUAAUUUUCCCGAAUCAAAUUCCCCGAACACCCUUUUCNGAAUCAUUUUUCGAUUAAUUGUUGUGUCGUGCAAAGUAAUUUUCCCGAAUCAAAUUCCCCGAACACCCUUUUCUCAAAUGCCAUUCUUCCCGAAUAGAAUAUAUCCCGAAUAGUAUUCCUCCUGAAACCAUAUUUCACGAACCCUUUGGCCCGAAUAUUAUUUUUCCCAACUGGUGUAUUUUUCGACUAGCAUCUCUCCCGACUGGUAUAUUUUCCUAUUAUUAUACUUCCCGAUUAAUAUAUUCCCGAAUAUGGAAGAAAAAACAAAUAAAAAUUCAGUUUGUUUUAUAUUUUAAAUAUUGAACUGCUGUUGUAAUUUUUUUUUACUUUCAUGUAAGUAACUUUCGUAUUUUUAUUAUUUUUUCUUCCACCUUUUAACUUCAUGUUUAAAUUUAAAUUUUAAAACUUUAAUUAUAUCUAACUAACUGUAAUUAAGUAAAAAUAUAAUUAUUAUUAUUAUUCGGAAAAGGAAAUACACCAUUCGGGAAACGACCUUCGCGAAAAGGAUGUUCGGGAAAUUUUAUUCGAAAAAAACGUCGGGAACCAAAAUACAUCAGUAUCUUUUUAAUAUUGAAGCCUAUAAUACCUCAUAUAUAUUAAUUCCUUAUCCUAUCUUCUCUCGUCACUCCACUCAUCAUUCACCUAAGCAUUUUUAUCUUUGACACACUAAUUUUCUGUUCUAUUUUUCUGUCUAUCACACAACAUAUUUUAGUUGUUUCACCACACUGUUGUAGAGUUUUCAGAAUUUAUCUCAUUUGAAUUAUCCUGUCAUACCCACCUAUCACUUCUCUCCAAUUUAUCAAACCACACCUAAUUCUAUGUUACACGUCCUCUUUUUUUUUUUAUUAGAUGAACAUAUAAUACCAUACAUAUUAUAAUAUAUUACUAUAAAACUAACAAUACAUACAGUAUUAUAUGAUAAUUUAUUUAUUUUUUUAUUUUUAUAAAUUAUAGAUUCCAUUGUAUCACCGCUUACAUAUUGUGAAAUCAAGAUAUGUUCGUAAAAAUAAAACAAAAUAUAAUUAAAUAAUUGUUCAGUUUUAUCAAUACCAAUAUGAUUUACUCCUUUUUUUAACGUUUAAACUCAGAAUUUUUAAAAGAUAAUGAAUGCAGCUUAACGGGACUCCCCGUCUCCGAUUCCCGCCUCUAACAUAAUUAUCAGCGGUUUUCUAGUAAUUCAUCUUUAUGAAUACUUAAUCACUUUAUCUCUAAAGAUAUUUUCUUACCCAUGAUAAUCAAAUAAAAUAAUAAUAACUCAUUUUUUUAUUUUAUAAGUAUUAACAAUAUAACCAGCAAAAAUAUUAAGUUCCUUAAUUACCAAAAUACCAAAAAUAAUGUGUGUGCUACCCUUCAUAGAGAUUGAAAUUUAAAAAUCCGGUUUCACGCACCCGUUCAUCCGAAUCAUUCGUUUGUGUAUACAAUAUUUUCAGGCCUUUGGGUGUGAUAGGUUCAGCUGUGCAUCAGACAAAUACUUCCCAUUAUUAUUAUUAUUAUUAUACUCGUAGAAUACAAUAUUAUUUAUAUUAUCAUACAAAAAUUAAAUUAAUGUUAAUUUAUAUAGUGUCACAAAAACAAUCCGAUGACUCAGAACUAGAUACACGUAUACAAAGUAAGAUUGUAAGAAAAAUAACAAAUAACAUGUAUAUGAAUGCGUUAUGUUUUGAGGUUUUGAUACUUGAAUAUUAAUAAAAUAUUUCCGAGGGUGGGAGGUAAUAGAACGCAUUAAGUACAUACACCUCCUCGGUUGCGACCUUGUAAGUGUUUUCUAUUAACAGAAUCGUAUUUUAAAUUUAAACCCAGCAUGCCGAAGUGAGUAUUAACUAUGUGUUUAUACUUACCUAAUACGUUUUAGAUUCUUUUUGCAACGUGAAACGUAUUGAAUUAUUAUAUGUUUGUUUUACUUAGUAGUAAAAAAAAUAGUCAAGUUUAAUGUAGUAGCAGGAUUUUGUUUAUCAACGUCUAAAUUACAAUUUGACGAAAAUCUCGGAACGGGACGAGUGGGCGCCGCCAACUAGACACGGCCAAUUCGACGCGGCCAACUGGGUGCGGGAUCAAGUGGACGCUAGGACAGCUGGACGCUAAAUAGUUAAUGAUAUCCACAUUAUUACUAUUAUUAUCAUUAUUAUUUUCGUUAUUAUUAUUAUCACUGGUCUCGUUAAUAUUUUAGUCAUGGUAUAGUAAUUUAUUAUUGCCUAAUCUGUCACCGGCUGACCGGUUUGCGCAUAAACAACGGCAAGAUGAAUAACGAUAUAAUUAAAUUUCUUUCGUAUCUUUUAACGUGGUAGAUCGGACAAGACAUCGAAUAAUAAUUUACAAUAUUUUAUUUGCUUGAGCAAAUAGUAAAAAUAUGAUCUGUUCUCUUUUUCAUUUAAUAAUUCUCGCGCUCUCUUGUACUGGCGUCCACUUGACUCGCGCCCACAUGAUCCCGAGCCCAGUUGGCGGCGCCCAUUUGUCCUAGACCGCUUUUUUAUCCCUUGAACGUACGGGUGGAUUCAUUCAUUAUUGUUUUUGUAUGGAAAAACCAAAUAUUAUGGACAAUUUAGUUCUCGCGGUCGCAUUCGCAUUUAAAAUUAACACAUUUUGUCUAUUUUAUUAUCCAUUUGAAAGGUCCAAUGCAACAACCACACAACUCCAUUUUUUUGUAAAACCGUUUUAAUCUGUGAUACGUUAAAGAAAAAUAUAUUACUGCCGAUUUGAUAAAAUUGACGUAUCGAGUUAUACAUAUUAAUUAUGAUAGAAACUGUUUGUUUAGCACUUUUUAUCACGAAUAACUACGCGGUUACAUCUGAGGUUUUACGUGGUCCGUACAGUCAUCUACGCCAGUGAUACACAGAAUAAAACAGUGCAUAUCGGUGAUAAAUGAUAAUAGUUUCUUGACUAUAGUAAAUUUUACUUAUGCCGUUGCCUGUAUACAUCAAAUCGUUAUCGAACAACAAACCCUAUUAAAUUAGGUAUUGAACAGUUUUCACUUUCUUUUAAAAUAUUCAUUUAAAUGGAAUUGCGUGGUGGUUGUAUUGCAUCCUACAUAAUCUAAUUUAAGAUAUUUUGUAGUUGCUAAUAUUUUCGAUUUACUCUGAAACAUAUUAUAACAAUUAUGUUUAGUAAUAUAUUUAAAUUCCAAAAUAUAACAACAGGCAAAUUGAAUGAAUAUGGAUUUUCGAGUAAGUAGUGGGCCCGCGAGUUUUAAUACGAACACAUAACUAAAUACGGAAAGUCAAUUUUGUAUUUUUAUUUUAUAGAUAUGCAUAGCGGUAACGCAGUGGAAAAUAUAUUUUUUUCGAAAGGUACGAAGAACGGAUUGAAUUAUUUGAUCAUAUCAUUAUAAAUAUUGAUACUUACUUGCAUAUUUUUAAUUUAAUGAAAAAAAAAUGUAGUAGUAUUGGAUUUCGAGAGUAGGGAAGAAGCAGCUAUUGCCUAUAUAUUAUAUUAAGUUCAGUAAAAUUAUAAAAACUAAUUGCCAUUGAAAAUUAUUAUCGGUUUUUUAUAUAUAUUCCUCGUGGUAUUCACGGCAGGGCACCGUGGUUAAAUUUAGUCCGAAAAAGGACACCGUCGAAAUAAAAGUUUGGGAACCGCUUGGAUAGAAACACUUGCGUCCCGGCUGCCCGUCAACCGCCCGCCACAUCGUUUCCAGUCCUCACUAUCUUCGGCUGUGAUUACUGCGUUACGACGCGUCGUAUUGAAAAAUUUUAAACUGAAAAUUUCACGGGUAAAAUUAAGGCGAUAAAAAUGUCGAUUAUAAACGAUUAUAAUGAAUAAUAUAAUAUAUGUAUACAUCGAUUAAAAUCCGUUAUAAUCUACAUUGAAGGAGCAAUCGAACAAUCCAAAACCGAUUACCUACAUCGAUUACAACCGAUGACACGUUUUACGUACAGGUUAUUUGAAAACGAAAUAAUCGCGCGGCCCUAAACGUGUUAACAAAAAAAAAAACCAUAGCACCAACACCUGUGAAUAUGUUUUCAAUGAAAUUCCAUUAUUUUUUAAUUAUUCAGUACGUGUGUGAUGUUUGUUUCUUGCUACGUAGUUUAUUGGUGUUUUAUUGUCUUGUAAAUUAUUUAUGUUUAAUUAAGGCUCAACGCCCACCAAAGUAUCAUGAUUUAUGAUAUUACGAGCGACAAAACACGUGAUUUGACACGAGUAACAUCACUUGUGAUACACAUGCACUAAUUGAAACGAUAUUAUAACCGCCGUGAUAUUUUUCUCGCGUGACACGUUUGCACUUACCACCGAUUUACUGUUAUUCAAGAUGCGUUCAAUAAUAAUAUGUACAUUUUAACGAUUUUUAUAUUCUACAAUAGUAAAUUGAAUCGCAAUAAAAAUAUAAAUAAUUAAAUACGUAUUAUAGACUUAUGUAAUAAUAAUUAAUAUUAACUAAUAAUACUAUUUACUUAGUUAAACUACUUACACUAUCUACUCAGUACUGUCUGGUAUUGUCCAAACACAAAAUAUAUUAUCUUUUUUUGAAAUUAUUAUGCAGCGUGAUAAUUGUGAUGAGCAAAUAACGAAUGACAAAAGUAGUGCAAGCGCCACUUUUGUCACGGACAGAUAUUCAGAUAUAAUUCAAAACUAACUCACGAUCUGACGUGUUUGAUCGAUGUUACAGACUUGCGUAAUUUUCCCCAUAUUUCAAUAACAAAUUUCGGGAGUAACAUUUUACUAUCAAAUCGCCUCAUAUCACGCGUCAUACUCGUAUUACUUUGGUGGACGCUGCCGCUAAAAUUCACGUAUACAAUAAAAUGCGUAUAACUUGGCAAAUAAAAGAUGAGAGGUGUAAAACUACGAAUUAUAGUGGCUAUGGAAAUUGACAUUGGUCUUAAUCUAUUAAACAAAUUUAAAUUGUGUUUUCUGAAAUAUGAAGAGAUCAAAAUGGUGUAAUCGUGUUUUUUUUUUUUUCUGAGCGCGAACUUAAUGUUACAUGUUACAUUUUACGGCCUUUCCAACUUUGUAUCUAUAACAGGAGCCCAACCAUUUUAAGAAAUAUGUCUUGUUUGUAGUUUGUUUUAUUUUGUAUAAUGAUCGUUUAUCCUUAUUAAACAUACAAUGUACCUAAUAAACUCCAAUUCACUAAAUUUUGCAACGUUUACUUACUUUGUACAGAAAUGAUAAAUGUUCCGAUAAACAGUAAGUUACUUAUUUGUAUUAUUGGCAAAAUAGUGGAAUAGAAUAGUUUAUUUUUGGACCUAACCGAUAGUUAUUGUAGAUUUGUACGAAGCAAUUAUUUUUUUUUUUUUUAAUAUUAUAAUAAUCAAAUAAAUGACCGACUUUUUUUUUGAUAUAAUAAAUAUAUAGAUAUAAUGAAUAUGAUAUAUUGAAUAUAUUAGGUCAGUGGCGUGGCGAAGACCCCCAUCGAUCACCCCGAUCGAGAGGCGGCCACCUCUCAGUUUUUAAAUGGGUGGUGGAUAAUAAUUUAGUUUCAUAAUUAUGACAGACUAAGAGCAUUUUCAUAUUAUAAAAUUUAUAUUAAAAUAAUAUUAUUAACCGGUAAUUUUUUAUAUUUUUAUUAACCCAGUAUUAUUAUUAUUAUUUUUUUUUAAACUAAUCUUACUAAAAAUACAAAUUGUCACUAUAAUGAUUUCAGGUUAAAACUAUAGUUCAAUCUAUGUUUCGGUCAAGUAUUGGGCAGAAUCAGUUGGAAAGUCAACUUAUAUUAACUCUGAAAAAGAUGUUGAAAUUGAUCGUAAUAAAACAAUUUACAUGUUCGCAAAGUCUUCAGAUCAUUUACUGCAGAGUUUAUUGUUAUUGAUAAUUUAAUUGUUGUACGACUUAAAUCUAUUAAAGAAACAGUAAUCUUUAAACAAUUUUGUCACAUUUCGUGUUAUUUUAAUUAACCUUAUAAUUAUUUCUAUAGUUUUAAAAUUGUUUGCGAGAGACGAUCUCCCAACCCCCUCUCCCAUAAAUAUUUUUUUUAUAAGACGACUUUAAAAAGGGAUGAAAACCCAGUGUUCAAUGUACAAACAUAGUAGUUGAUGGAUAGGUCAUGGUCCUUAAGGUAGCUGGGUGAUAUCAACAAAUAUAUUUGCCUCUGAAAAUAUUUAAGUUCGCCACGCCACUAUAUUAGAAACUAGGGAUUGGUGAUUUAAUACCUUCAAUACUUAUAACAGUGUCAAAUUCUGUUUUGUUAUAAUGAAAAGUGAUAACGUGAUAAGUAUAAUAUUAAAUAGAUUAAAUCAGAUUAAAUAAAUUAGUAUUUUUUUAUUUCAUUAUGUGUGUUUACAUUUAUACAGAGUGAUUUUUUUAUCAUGAACCAACAAUUAUCUCUAGGGAAGGAUAAUAAAUUGUCUAUGACCCUUCUAUACUCCUCCGGUCUAAACUUUUAACUGUUAUAACUCGUAAACGGUAAAUCUGAUAUUAGUGUGAUUCAUAUCAAAAUUUCUAGAAAAAUAUUCUAUAUUAAAAUUUAUGUUUAAAAGGUAGGGUUUCUAUUUGAAAAUCAAAAGUAUACACUUAUUUAAGAUAUAUGGAGUAAGGCUAAAAAAUUAAAAAUGGUUUUAAAAUAAAGCUUAUACAAUUCAACAAUGAUUAGAAAAAACCGAAAUAAAAUUCACUUAAAAUCCUCUGAGAUAAUUGUUGGUUAAUGAUAAAAAAAAAUCACCCUGUAUAUAGUGACGUUUUUUUAAUGAUAUUAAUUUUUUUUUUUUUUAAAUUAUUAUCCGACAAUUAUGCACUUAUCGAAUUCUAAAUCUCUAGAUGUGUAAUAAAAUGUAUAAAACAAAAAAAAUAUGAAAUAAACUUAAUCGAAAGUGUUCUUUAAUAAGUUGUAAAAGUAUUUUUAGUAUUAACCUCGAAAACAAUUUUCGUUAUUAUAUUUUUGUAUUAUAGGUCCAGCGUGGCUUUAUUUAACAUAUGUUAUAAGCCAAGUCGAAUACAAAGGUAGGGUUGUAACAUUAUUAAAAAUAUAAAAACGUGUAUUAGCUGAAAUCAUUUUUUUUUUUUUUUUUUUACGAAUAAAUUAAAUUUCAGUAGCGUAUUCACGAUUUUCCCCAGGAAGGGGUAGUGGAUGAUCUAAAACUGAGCGCCGAGAAAACUUGGCUCCUUCUUUAUUCACAUAUAUUAACGUUGUUCUUCAAAAUAUUGUCAACUGAGUAAAGAUAAGUCUAUACUGUUUCAAUAAAUGGUACGGAACUGAAAGGUAACUGGACGAUACAAUUUUCUCGAUGUUUGAUAUAAAAUAGCACAGUAAUGUUAUAUCGUUACCUUACUAUUUAUUGCAGUAGUGCGGGAGAUACAAUCAAAUUUUAGUAUACAUUUUUCAAAAGGUAUCCAUGAAUCUAUUAAUCUUCUUGGUAUGUUUUUAUCUAAUAGGACUAGGUAAGGAUAUAAGGAAAGGAAAUACCGAAUACGUAACUUUUAAGGGUAUAUCAGAUACUACUAUAUCAAUAAGGAAAAGAUAACUAAAAUCUCCAAAAAAAUAUUCGAAAGAGGGUUGGUGUGUUUGUAUAUCGCCCAUAUCAAUCCCUGUAAAUGCGCCACUGGACGAAGUAUUGUAGGUUAAUAAUAUUACAUUGUAUUGUAUAGAAUACAAUACCCAUACCUCUUUGAUCAAAUUUAAAAUUUAGGAUUUAAAAGCUAAUACAGUUGAAAAUUGAUUUUUUUUUUUUUAAAUUAUUAAUUAUUAUUUAAUAAUAUAAAUAGUAUAUAAUAUUUUAAUUAUUUCAUUUAUUUAUUUUAAACAAUAUUUUAACAAUUUAAUAAAUAGUUUAAAAUCCAUUAAAGAAAUAGAAUGAAUAAAUAUAAAAUAGUUAUUUUAUUUUAAUAAAACAUCUUUUAUGACUUUAAAAAGCAUAUAGAAAAUACUACUAAUAAGACGAAAUCCCAAGAGAACCUAAUGUAAAAUCUCGCAGAAACGGGUUGGAGAGCUAGCGUAAUAACGCUGAGGUUUAGAUGACUAUUGCGAAUAGAAGUGGUUAACAAUUGACCAGGAUCCCAGGAUUGUAUUCUAUAGUUAUAUAGCAGCAAUUACGACGAUUCAUUGAUAUUCUGCCAAACAAAUUUGUUAGUAUACCACUAAGAUAUUAUUUUUUUAUUAAUUAUGUUUGAGCUAAUUAAAAAAAAAAAAAAAAACGUCCUUUUAUAUUUAUUCUGUGUUUAAAAUGCCAAUCGAAAUGUACCUAUAAUCAUUUUAAGAGAUUUAUACUCAUACAACAAUUAUUAUAGGUACAAUACAAAACAAUUCAUUAAUAACGAUAAUUAAAAAUAAUAAUAAUAUCUUUGAUGCUUUAACAACUAAGUUUUGUCUAUAUUAUAAUAUUAAUAACACAUCCAGAGUUUGUGUCCACUUCAGUUAUUUAUUUAUUUAUUUCGUAUGGCAUGGGUAUCAAACACAUAAUACACUAUUCACUUUCUAACUGUAACAAAUAUAGAAUAAUAAAAUUAAACAAAAUAAAAACAGAACAUAAGGUUCUGGUAGUACACACAUAGCUGUUAAAUAUAUUAUAUAAAUCGUGAACGCAAGUAAAAUAAAAUAAAUCAACAUAUAAUAAUAUUGUUAUAAACAGUAGUUAAUUAUAAGUCUAAGUCAAGUUCUAUUAACCAUUCUAUUGCCUCUUUGGUAGCUUUGUGGAUUCCUUCUGUCCCUUGUUCGAAUGACCUCCUGGGACACGAUUCCGCGAUGUGUUUCAUGGUCUGUUCCGCUUCCCCUUGGGGGGGGAUGGUGGUAGCCCGCUCGUGGCCCUCCCUGCAUAUGCUAUUUUACACGCCGAAACCUAACAAGUAGAAGCGAUCAUAAUAGCAUAACCAAUACCACCACAUAGGCGCUGAUACCCAGCUCAUCAAACACAUGAGUAACACACUAUCUUGAUACUUCAGUUAUAAAGGGUUGCUUUAACGUUUUCUUUCAUCGUGCUCGAACAUUGUCGUUUUUGGUGGGCAUAGUUGAUGUCUUUAAUUGUUUGAUUAAGGGAACCGUAAUCACGUGCUAAAGAGAGAAUAAAUCCCUAUAUGAAUAUAGUCGCAUCACAAUUACAUAUUAUCCAAUCUUUCCUUUUUAGUUGUGAAAAUCUGUUAAGGAUAUAUUUUGAUAUCGAUGAUUUCCUGUCUAUUAAUUUGCACAUCGUUAAACCAUUCUCGUUGCAGCUUCUCCUUAACACUUAAACGAUCUUUGUUAAAUUCUCUCCAUUUCGGUUUCCGUGGCUUUGGAAACGGUUUGAAGAAGAAUAUUUAACUCUAUCCUGGAUGGAUGAAGAAAUUUAAAUAGUUUAUUGGAUUAAAUUUUUCUUGAGCAUUUCUUGAUUACAUUAUUUCUGGUGUUUAGCUUUUAACUUGAUAUUUCUAUAUGUGAUUUAUAUGUUAGAUCGCGGUCCAGGGUUACGCCAAAGUAUUUAGUCUGAAGUUACGCAUUAUGGAAAAAGGUAACAUUUAGUUGAUUUUUUUGUACAUACUUCCAUUUUGGAAGAUUCAAGACAGAACAUUUACUUUUUUUAGAAGCAUUUAAGUAUCUCAGAUCCAUUGUAAAUUUAUCUUUUCCUUUCUUUAAGGAAUCUUUUGAGAUGAUUAUUUCUAGAAAAACAGAAUUUCCGACUUAUUGUAUUAGGAAAAUCUCUGGUAUAAAAAUUAAAAGGUAAGAGUGCAAACAUUAAGCCCUUGGGGAGGCCAUUAAAAACAGUAAAGGAUUUACUUUUAUUGUGCCCAAUGCUGACUUUAAAUGAUUGGUAUGCUAAUAUUUCUUUUUAUGAGAAAUUAACUUUUUGUAAUUUAGGCAUUUAUUUAAUUUAAACAUAAAACCUUCUAGCCAAACCGUAUCAUACGUGGCUGAGAGAUCAAUGAAGGCUGCAUACGUUUUUUUAUUUUAUCUGGAAAUCAGCCCCGAAAGCGCUAACCUUUUUGCAUCUCGAACGCUUAGUUCUGAAAUUGGUAAAAAUGGAUUAUUUCUUCCAUCUUUUUCAUAUCUUCAAUAUUCUUUUCUUUUUCUUUUUUGAUAUAAAUUGUUCGUUUUAUUCCAUUUUUGUCGCCAAGCCUAGUCUCCGUGAGUGAUUAUGGGUACAUUUUAAUGCGUAUGAAAUUCUAUUACGCUUUAAAAGUAACCUAAAAUAUACACUUUUGAAUUUAAAAUAAAAUAAAAGCAGAUAGAAUUAUCAAUCUGUCAUUAUUUUUGACCUAUCGUAUUUGAAUAAUAAACUAAUACCUAAUAUAAUUUAAUAUAAUCAUUUUAUAACCGUAUUACCUAUUAAUGUUUUUAAAUAGCAUUGGAAUAUUUGGAACCACCAGAGAAAUUUUGUGAUGGUAAAUAAUAGAAAUACGAAUUGUAAUAAAUUAUCAUACUAUUUCAUAAAACCUAAUGAAAUUGGAUAAUUACGAAAGCUUUUAUCAAUUUAACCAAAUCUGUUUGUGUUUUUUUUUUAAUUCUAGUCAAAUGUAUCGGUAAUAACAUAAUAGUUUUAAUAAAUAUUUUACUAAUUAAGUAUAUCGUACAGAAUAAUCAUCUUAACAUUUAUACCAUAAACAGUCUUAAAAUAAUUUGAAAUUCUCACUUAUCUAUAGGUUUUCAUGUUAAUAAACUCACGUUUUAAUAUUAAUAUAUUUACUAAUACGACCGAACGAUUAAUAUUUUAUUAUUCUACACGAAACCUCGGUUUAUUCGACAUCUAGCUGGGGUUUCCGACCCCAGAGCCCGACGAGCUUUCGGUGGAGGCUCAACUUCCAUCUACGGCAAAGAUGGCCAUUGGUCAAUGUAAAACCGGGUGCUCGGCUCGAGUAGCUACGCUCUUCGGCCAUAAUAUUAUAGAGUAAUGGAUUAAAUAAUCAAAUGAUGUUUACAGUAGUUCAAAGUACCGUCAAAUAAUACUCGAUAAGGUAGAAAUUAAAAAAUUGUCUUGUAAACUAUCUGGAAGUCAGUUUUAUAUUGGUACACGUAUGUAAAAUAUUCUCAACCGUUUAUCAUAUGUAGUGGAUUGAUAGUUUCGGCAGACUAAACGCAGUUAAAAGCCAGUUGUGACACAUGUUGGAUAAUCUCUGAAAAAAAAAUUUAAAACAUAAUGUUUAGUGAUAAAUUAUGCCAUCCCAUUCAUACCCAUACACAGCGCGAUAUCCGAAUAACUAAUAAAAAAAAAAUUUCUCUCCAAAACCUGUGUUUUUUUUUAAAAAUAUUUUCUUAUAGAUUAUUUACGUGAGUUUAAAAAUAAAUAUUCUGUACUAUUUUCUGCAAAGUCCUCGUGCAAAUCGAUAUAUCACAUCAUUUAUACACAAUUAUUGACGCUCAAUGUCGCUCGAUAUUGUCAAAACGGAAAAAGUAAUGUGACACAUCUACUCGUAUGAAAAUUUCGCAAGAAAUAUCGCGGUGAAAUUAUUUUUCCCAAAUAGAAAACAUCUGAACAUACGUGUUUAAUAAACACAGUUUUAAAUUCACAAUACGACCAAUAACAUUCCCUUUGCUCAGAAUUUAAAAAAAAAAGUUAUUUAUAACGUUUGAAAUAAUCUACCUGUGUGUUAUCUAUUUUUCCAAAUAAAUAAAUCUAUGAAGAUCAACAGUUAUUUUGCCAUAGACAAUAUUUAUGGAUUUUACUGGCAAAACGAGCUUAUAGAUGACGAACUUAUAGCAUGAAAACAAAAAGACUAGGUUAUAAAUUCAGAAAAGUUGAAAAAUAUUCGUGGAUAUUAUACAUUGAUGUAUUAAUAAUAUUAGGAUUAUAAGUUAUAAAUGCCACUUAAUUAUCAUGUGAUAUUAAUGUCAGUAUUUUAUUACAUAGGAGAUAAUACGUAGAAAAUAUAAUUAAUGUUGUAGCAUAAAACGUUUAAUGAUUUACCAAAUAAUUGUAUAAAUAAUAUUAAAUAUUGUUUUAAGUUUAUAAAACUAAUAUUUAUAAAUAUUAUAAAAACCAAUAGUAGAGUAUAUAGUGUAUAGACAUACACUAUACAUAAUACACGCAAUUUACUAACAAAAUUACAAAAUUUACAUCCUAACAGAUCAAAUACUGAUAGCUUUUAAUUGUAAGUGGUUUAACCUAUUUUUAUUAUUAAUUUAUAUAUUUUUUUUUAAUUUUGGGUUUAGCGAAGUAACUAUUAGUUUUACUAAGACAUAUGUGUGUUUUAUUCUCAGAAAAUACUGUAUUCGAUUUCUUCAUGCCACUCCUUAAAAGACGCUGAAUUUUUGCCUAAUGGUUGCUUAGUUGAAAUACUAAACAAAAAACUACACACAUUUUUCAAAAGUUGUUCCCUUAAAUUCUCUUUAAUUUUUCUCAGAGAAAUUAUUAAAUUAAAAAAUCUGUUUAUUUCUAUCUUACUUGAACUAAAAAAAAAAAUGCGAAUUUUGCAGCUUGGUAUUAAUUUUAAAAUAAUGUCUAGAACACCAACAGUUUUCUAUAUAAUUUGAAUACAAUGUAAAAUUUACUAUUACAAUUUUAUUUCAUAACAAAUAAUGGGUUUGAUUUUUGUUCAUUUCUGGAUCAUUGUAAUUAAAAAGGAAUAAACACAACCAAUAAUACGAAUAUGUACUUACUACUCAGCUCAAAAUAUUGUCUUGAUCACAAUGAUUUAAUGUUGGUUUAAAUAUAUAAUUUUAAAUACCCUCUACCUAUACUAUAAUUUUUCAAACUUCCCACCUAUUACUGUAGCAUAACCAUUGUGCGGAGUACAUCUGGCUUUUUUAUUCCAAUUAUAGACGUUUUCCUUUGGCAAUUUUAUUUACCUAUACAAAUUGAAUAUUAUUGAAAAAAUGUCCACAAACUCUCGUGGGUUUUGUCGUCGAAAUUGUAUUUUUGACAUCAAUUAAACUAUUAUAAAUAACAUAAUAUACCUAUUAUAGAUAGAUUAGUGUAUGGGCAUUCACAGUUAUACGAGUAUUUCAAAGACAUAAUAUUAUUUCAUUAGAUUGCCAAAAUGCGAUGGCUUGCGCCGGUUACGCGUUAGAAUAUCUGGGUAAGUAUUUUAUGCAAUACAAUUGUGUGUUUAAGUAUGUUUUUGAAAUAAGUGUAAUGACAACAAAUUAUAAACCAUUUGGUUUAAAUUAAAUUAAAUUGAUUUAUUUAUCAAAGUGUAUGAUGAUCUAUUGGGUAAGUUUAUUUGUAUAUUAAAUAUUAUAAUACAAUUAACGGAAGUGAAUAAUUAUGUCUGCCGAUUAAUGGAGUGUUAAUACGAAUUAAAUCAAUGCGUAUUAAUGUUGAACUACAAUCAAAUACUAAUAAUUGAUUAAUAUUAAAUAUGGACUGAUAAACAGGGUAACUAUCUGUAUGGCCUAAGAAAAUUUAAAUACGUACACGCUCAAAUUGCCAACAUACAGUUAAACCUAAAAUUUAAAAAAAAAUCCAAACUCAAAUAUUUCAUUUUAUUAUUAGAUAGUACAGUUAAUCCGGUCAGACGUGUCACAUUUUUUAUAAUAUUACAUUAAAUUAUUUUAAAUAUAUUCUAAAAGAAAAAAAGACGUCCUAGGAUAAUGGAAACGCGUGUAACCACUGUUGUAGGUAAUUUAAUGUAUACCAGUAAGCAACGAUAAAACAUUGCAUACGAAAAAACGUUCUGAGCGGAGUUCAGUUGAAAGUGUUGCUUCGUCAGCAAUAUGCAUGUCAUUUUAUAGUAAAAUAAUUACAUGAAUAUUUGUCAACAAUAUAUAUGUCGUAUUAUAGUAAAAGUAAUUAAAUCGGCUUUAUAUAUUUUCUUUAAUAAUAUUUGUUUAAUGUUAUACCGAUUUUCCCGGUUUUCCCGGUUUUUUACAUUUUCUGGGAAAACUCUUGGGAAAAUCGAAAAAUAACCUCCUUAAAGUACCUUUCCAGUCACCUUUCAGAAAAAUUGAAAUCAUUGGAGCCAAAUCGCUUGUAGAAAAGUUGUUCAUAGGAAAAAAGAAGGCCGUAAAUCGUAAUACAUUUUAACUUAUACAUUUCUUAUAUUUUGCCGCUAUUCCUCUAUUUUUUUUUUUUUCACAUUUACUGGAAAAACUCUCGAGAAAACCAAAACAUGACCACCUCCAAAAAACGUACCUCUUCACUCAGAUAUAAAAGUUGUGCACAGAUUAAAAAAAAAAAAAAACAUCUUUAUAAAACUAUAAGCUUCUUUGCUCUACUCAGAAUUUAAAAAAAUGUUUCCUAGUAAUUAGAAAAAAGACAAAAAAUGAAAAACGAACAAAUUUAUGGCGUUACGAAUUCAUUAUUUUAAAUUUUUACGCUUUAUGAUUUCUACCAGAACUAAUGCACCAAUAAAAAAAUUACAAGUUUAUUGUUGUUGCAUUUUUAAUCUAAUUAGUGAAUAAGAAAGCCAUUAUUUGAUUUUCUAAGUAGUUUUAAUUAUAAUUAGAUAAUAAUAAUUAAAUAACACGUAUAAAUUACGUGUUUUCAUUUAUAACCGAAUUAUACUCCGAAUCGUUUUUCGUUAGCAAUAGUUUAUCGUUGCUUACAGAUAUAAAUUAAAUAACUUUAUGGUGAAAAUUGUGGCUAGGUACAUUAAUGUGGUUGCAAAUUGAUAUGGUUUACACUAUUUUCGUUUACAAAUUGGUACAAAUGCAACUGGUUCCAAUUAACGUCAUAAAGAUAUCUGUGGAUCUUGGAAAUACUUCGAUUGAAACAUUAUAAUGAAGCACUUCUUAUUUAUAAAUUUUUUUUUCUAAUAUUAUUAGAAUCAAAAUUAGAAAUGUUUAAUUUAAUUUAAAUUUUAGAUUCUGAGUGAGGUUAGACCAAAAUGCUUGACAAUUUAACAAAAGGUUCAUUAUGAGUCUAUAAGUCGUACUUUAAAGUAAAAACAAAAAAAACAAUUUUGAGCAGGGGCUUAAAUUAUGCACUUUUGAAUUUUCAUCGAAAUGAAAACAUUAACAUAGAAAAUAUUAUUGAUCGGUUUGCUGGUUGAAAUAAAAUAAUCUAACUGUUAUUAAUUAUUAUUUUCGUUAUUUAUAUUAUCAUUAUUAUAUUUAAUUAUUAUUUAUUUAAUGUGAAAAAAAUUAAUUUAACUUUUAUAUUAUCGUUAUUAUAAAAUUGUACUGUUUUACUGCAUUUGUACAAUACAUCUGCAGUCUUCUAAGCUAUAUUCAAGAGUAAACAUUUUCCACCCCCAUAAAUGGAAUUGCUCCUGUAUUCGAAUGUGUUCUCAUUGAAUUCUAUUGAAUUUAAAUUGACAUUAUUAUUACAGUUGCGUCAAUUCGUAACAAUUAUCAAAUGAUGACGUGUAAUCUCAAAAAUAUUACUAUACCACUAAAGUGUCAGCACGAGUAUAUAUGAGAACAUUGAAUAACUACUAACUUGAUUUAUUGAUUUUGAACCUGUACAUUUUUUUGAAACCAACCCGGAAUUCGUUUGCACGUACCUUUCUAUAGGUAGUCUGGAUAACAAUAUUGAUUAAUGAUUAAUGACUAAUAAAUAAUAUUAUUUUUACUCUAUAAAUACAUUAAAAACUACUUAUACGUAUUAAUUAAUGAAAACAAAAUAGUAAUUUUUCAAAUUAUUGUAUUAACUUUUAGAAUAUCCGCAAUUGUAUUUUACGUACCUUUUUGGUUUUCUUAAAACAUGUAUGUACCUACAUUUUAUUAUUAUUCUUAGUGGCACGCAAACUACAGUUGAACCAUUAUACAUACUAUGGCGACAUGGGUGGGGGUGGUGAUGGUGGUGGUUUAAAGGGACUAGGGUUAUAUAAUGUAUUAAUUUAUUGAUUUAUAUGUAAAAAGUACUAAUUAUCUGUGGUCCCUUUAAGUGAAGUUACGCGAAGCUUAACGUGUGACUUAAAGUCGAUACCGUAACACUCCCAAUUCGGUCUAUUAACUAUUAAGAGGUAAUUUUGUAUUAGCUACAAAUCUAUAUAUCUAUGCAAUGACAACUAUUGGAUGAGCGGUGGACGGGUGGUAUCUUAUAGGGGCGGUAAAGUUAAUGCUGUAGACAAUUAUUUGAAAAACAUAGUUUGAGUGACACUAAAUUUAUUUCGUGAAAAUUAAAAUAUACCCGUUUUAAUAAUACCACUGUUGAAUUAUUGUAUAUAGAUAGAGUAUUAAAUUCCGAUGAAUUCUGUGAACAAAAGGCAGGUAUGUUAAAAAAUAUUUAAUUAUAUUCAAAGUUCUCAAACUAAUAUAACUGUACAAGAAAAAUAAAAUUCAAAUUAGUGCUUAUUUUAGAUCCUGAGUACAUCGGAGAAGCGUUUAGUAUGUUAAUAAGAUAUGUGUUUUUCUUGGAAAACGCUUCUUUCCCUAAGAAGUUCAAAUGUUCGCAUCGUACUUUAAAAGAUGCGCAUUAUUCACCCGGUGUUAUUAUAAUUCUUUUAAUAUCUUUUAAAUUCCCAACAGUUUUUCUGUUGUAUGUAUCCCAACCCCCAUUCCCUCACCGGUUUGAAAAUUGUAAUUUUUUCCGUUCAUUCCAAUAUUUAGUUGAUAAAAUAGGCAUACUAAAUAUCGAGUAUAAUAAUAAGUAUGACUUUUUUUUUAUUACAACAAAUCGAACUUUAAGCGGGAGAGUCUGGAAAUCGUCUCGUCAACCUCUUCUCCCCAAAUGGAAAUAUACGUAAAAUUAAUAAUUUAACCACACCAAUAAUUAAUAUACGAUUAGUAUAAAUUAGUAUGAAAGUUAUUAGUUAGUAUUAGUAGAAAUGCUUACUACUCCGCUUCCCGGUAAAACAUCUCAGACAUCAAUAAAUAGCAUGCAACCCGACCUUCGCUUGCAACGUAAGGUAUAAAAUAUUUUUUUGGUCGACAGUUAACCACGAUUAAACGGUAAAUUGAUAUCUGUACAAUUUUUCUAUUCCAACAAUUAGGUUAUUGAUCAACGUUUGAUUCUUUUGAAGAGACAAUAUAAUUUUUUCAGAAACUAUUAUUUUUAUUUACUAGUGAUGAUUUAAUAUCACUGCAUUUCUUAUCUGCGUGAUAUUUUUUUCAUCUACGUUAUUAUUAAACUAUAUCAAUAAUAGAUUAUUAACAUUAUUAUCAUUAUCGUUGUUGUAACUGGUAUAAUUGAAUAUUCGAUGUAUUUUUUUUAGCUCAUUUAGAACCAGCUGUUUAUAAAAAAAGCGAUCGCAGUAGAAUUGAAUUAGGUAAAAUUAUAAAGUUGAUUUUUAAAAAAAUAUAUAAUAUGUUUGAUAAUGACCUUGAUAUUCGUCAUUAUCUUCAUCUAAAUAACGGGGAUUAAGUUAAUUGAAUACAUUUGUUUAUGUAAGUAGAGUAGAAUAAUAUAUAUAUUGAAUGUACAUUCAAUUUUUCCAAAAAUUGUCACUUUGCAAAAUAAAUUUAUUUAUUUUGAUUUUGAAAACAUAUAAAUCAUCUAUCCAUUGAUUUUCAACCUUUUUGGGUCCACGGCUCUUCUGAUUUUGAAAACCAAAUUAGCGGCUCUCGAAUAAUGAAAAUUAAUAUAUAUAAAUUUACUAUAAUACUAUACUAUAAUUACUAAACCACGACGCCCCUGGGAGCCGCGAUGCACAGGUUGAAAACCACUGACCUAUGCUAUAUUAUAACGAUGAAUUUUUAAAUUAAAAAUUUUACUAUUAAUAACAUACGAAAUAUAAUUAAUUGUAAACAAAUUGUUGUGCUACAAAUUAAUAAAUAUUAAUAUAAUUAAACGAUAAAUUAAUUUAUCUUCGUUUUCAAAUACACAAUACCUAUCAUCUAUAUAUCGUAGGGCAACUAUAGAAAUAUUCGAAAAAUGACACGUUAAAAAAAUUGGUACCAAUAGGUAUUAUCUCCAGUAAACGGCUUUUGAUUUAUUCUCAAACUCGUACGAAUGAUUCACAUACCUACUAUAUUUCCGAAUACAAAGGGAAAAUUCAAUUUUCAAUCCAUUUGUAACCGUAUGAUUAGUUUUUGAAUUAUACUUUGAAAAUUGUCGCUAAAAUAUCCGACGACGAUACGAACGAAACCAGUCGGUCGGUUACCGAAACCAUCAAAGCGGCACAGUUUCCUAGACUCAUUUUAUAAAUAAAAAAUAAUUACACUGAACGGUUUAUUUGCGGUUAUAUAUCAUGAUGUCUAUAUCAUAUUGUAUACUAAUAAAAUGAAGUAUGAUUAAAUAAUAAUAAUAAUAAAAAAAAAAAAGCGAAACACACGAAUUUUAACAUUGGAUAGCAAAUUACGAGAUUCGUAUACAAAAGGCUGAACAGGAUACUGAAAGUACCCGUGCACGAGUCCCAAUCGUAUGAGUUCGAGAAUAGGUCGCCUAAUAUAGGUAAUAUUUAACUAUGGGUACGGUUCGGUACAAUCCAAUGGCGUAUCCAGGACGGACUGAGGGAGCUGCAGCUUUCCCCGCAAUGUCAGGAAUUAUUGUUUUAAAUACAGUGUAAGGUACUAUCGUUUACUAUGUUAUUUGUAACUGAUUAGCCCCGAUCGAAAAAAAAUUCUUGGAUACGGCACUGGCACGAUCCCCUGUCAUAUAAUCCAAAUAUACUAAACAAUAAAUAAAUAUACUGCGGAACAUCAAUAAUAUUAAUAAAGUUUGUGUUGUAUCUGUAUAUCACAUGACCAGAGUGUAAAAGUAAGUACGCAAUUAUUUUUAAAUGUAUCCACAAUAUUAUGCGGGAAACGCUAUUAUACCCAUGUUUGAGAUUUUUCAUAAUAACUAUGAUUGUGGUUAUGGGAUGUCACUGAACAGUGUUCUAGAAUAAUCGUAUUAUUAUAAUAUUUUAAAAUGUUCUAUUUCUGACACACAUCAACAGAUGAAUUAAUCGAAUCCAAUGUCUACGGUGAGUAAUUAUUCGUUGAAUAUACGCUGUGUCUAGAUGCACGGACGUCCGUGUUUCUAAUGUGCCCACGGACAAUUGUGUUUACAAUUUACAAUACUCACACGCACAAACGUAUAGGUAUUUUUUUUUUCGUCUUGACGGUAUUCAACGGCAAGCUAUUAGGUUUUACAUUUGACCCUUGCAUUAAGGUGCUAGAUUUACACUAAAGUUCCUUAGAGGAUUGUCAAGUUUAAACCGACAGAUUGGUAGAUAAUUUAAAUUUUUCCGGUUUAGCUAAACUCGUGUGGACUUUUGUUUUUAAUUGCGAGUUAUAGCUUUAACAUACGAUUGUGUACUAUUUGUUCCAGAAUGGUUUGCUUGGAAAUCUCUUCAAGUUGUGUAUUUUAAUAUUUGUAAGUAAAUUAAGAUUAAUAUUUUUUUUCACACACGCAUUAAUUGCUAAAAAUUAAAUCUUUAGGAAUAUUUUUCGGCAAAUGCCUCUAUAAAUAUUUUUUUUCCAGAGACUUUGUUUAUGUAACCUGUGAAUUUCAAUGAGACUUAAUGGUACUUUCGACAAAGAUGUGGUUCGGAGUAUGGGGGGUAACAUAAAAAUAGAACAGACAAUGUGUGUAAUUGAGAUGAGAAUGCUUAGGCGGAUAAGUAGAGUGAUGUGAUAAGAUAUAGGAUAAGGAACGGGUGCAUAUUAAUUAUAAUAAUAUUAUUAGAGGAGUAGCCUAGCUUCGAUAAUGAACGAAAUGAGAAAAUAUAUUUAUAUAUCUCCGGAGAUAGUUCGAGCGUGCCGUGAAGAGAAAGGAAUUGGAAGCAGUAAGAAUGGUAAUGCAAUCAAACAUAAGAGAAAAGAGGAGAAGAAGAAGACUGAGAGGUGAAGGAACGUGAUGCGGUUGAGAAUAUAGUGUGUUUCUUCUUGUAUGAUACACGCUUUUCUAAACAUCUACCAUGGUGCAUUGUGGUUAGAAUAAGUUUAUAUAUUUGUGUUCAACAUAAUAUUUCCGUAGCAAAUAUUCUAGUAUUCUAUUGCUAAUAUUACGGACCGGUAAUAUUUAUAAAAUCACGUCCGGUCCCGUACUGGAUUGCCAGGAAACCGAGCAAAUGCAUGAUACGCGCUAUCACAGUGCUCCCUUUACAAACACAUUAUACCGUUACGCUAGCAAUUUCGGGGAAAUAACAAUGGGAAAUUGAUUUAAUAUAUUGGCGAAAAUCCAGAAGUGCUACGAGUUUGGAUUAAUUCUGUUAGUUACGUCAACGUUUUAAUCUACAUAAUGCGUCUAUAAUGCGUGUAAACAGUAUUGAUAGUAGAUGAAAUCAAUCUUGAUAAUUUACUAAUUCUCGUAUAAUAUAUUCUAUUUAAUAUAGCAACUAUAUCACUCGAUAAAGGAAGUAAGUUCGAUUUUUAUGAUAUAUUAUUAUUUAUUAUGAUCAGGGAUCGGAUUUUAUAGUACCAAUAAAGUACUGAAAUAUGCGCUAAAACAAUGCGUCCCAAAAUUUUUCGUUUCGUAUAACGUUCUUUUUGAUCUGAGAUCAAAAACUAUUGUUUAUCAAACAACGAUUCUGAGUAGUAUUAACAGUAGUUGAAUUGUUUUUCCCAUUUUACAGCCAAAAGAUAACCAAUAAAACAACAAAAUAAAAAAAAAAACCGAUCAAUUAACAGUAGUUAGAAAUUAUUUUUAAUUUUAAAAAAGAACUCUUAAGAAUCGAGAAAAUUUUUUUAAACUAUGUACCAACGGAAAAAUUCCCCGUUUUUUAAAGUACAGCGUGAAUAUUUUAGAUCAUUUUAACUAAUCAAAAAGUGUUUUCCGAAAGGAAAAAACGAAAAAAAAAUAAAGUCAUAAUAAAAGUCACUGUUUUCGUUGUUAUUUGGGUUUCAAGUAAUAUUGUAUACCAGAUAUCAAAGCCACGCGGUUACGCUUCUGUACAGACGCUUCGAGUCUGCCCUAAAAACAUUAUAAAUAGCAAAAAAAAAAAAAAAAAUAAUGGAAAAUUAGUUUUCAUUUAUAAUCUUGUAAUAAUACUAUAUUUAAUUCGGGCGACUAAUCCGCGGACUAUAAAAAAUUGGAUUACAAUAUAAAAUAUUAUUUGAUAAACCGUGGAAAUGUGGGUAUUUUUUUUACCGGUUUACAUAAAUGACAACUUUGUUUCUACUAUUUUUCAUUUUAUUCAAUUGCAUAAGGAUCACAAAUGGAACCAACAAUUUAAAAUGCAUCAAAUAUGCAAUACACAAUUUUAUAUUCAGAAUCCUUGAUACACAAAACAAAUGUGUGGCGCGCUUUGCUAUUUUUAUCUGUAUCUAAUGGAAAGAAAAAAAAAAAACAACUCUAAAAUCCGUUCCCUGAUGAUGAUGUUUUGAGUUUUCGAUGAAUGCCGUAAUGGUUUUUAUUGAUGAUAAAACGAAUAGUUUCAACAAAGCAUUGUCAGAUGUAAAGUUUAUUUUCUAAAUGGACGAAUUGUACGGAUUCGAUAUUUAUUUAAUUCAAUAAUAUUCUUUUGUUCCUAACUUGAACUUUACAUCUCUGUAUCUUGGAUGGAGAUAGUUUUAUCCAACUGAUGUUUUUAGACUUUUUCAUAAAAAAGGACGCGGUACAUACGUAUAUGUGCUGUCUGGAUGUCUCCGUCUUGCAAACUUACUGAACGCGCUUUGUAUUGUUAGUUUUAAUAUUAGAGAUUGAAGUGAAUUGACCGUUUAUCAAACUUAAAUACAGGGAAAUUAUCUGUGCAACUAGGUCGGAUUUUAGUUGCUUAUGUUUUAAAUAUAGGUGUGUAUAUUAAAUAUCACAAUUUAAAAAUGUUUACAUCUCGUUUAACAUCGUCGAAAAAACUGAAACAGUUCUCUAGAAAAUAAUCUCGUCUUUAAGUUUAAUAAAAGGUCAAUUUACUUUAAUAUUAAAACUACCAGCACAACGUUGUUCCUGUUGAACGCAAAAUUCUAUUGUACCAUUGUAAAACGGUGACCAAAACGGUAAACCGUGUAAGAAAUAAAUAAAAAUUAAUAAUUAUAUUUUAUAGGUUACACUUGGGAGUAUUUUCAAAGCAUAAAAUCGGGAGCGUAUUUCAAUGGUAUUUAUAUGGAAUUGAUAAUAAUAAUAUUCUUAAGAGACAACUAUUUUACUAUUUUCUAUCGACGGCGGCUAAAAGUGCCGGUGUAUUAGUACUUCGUACGGUUAUAAUUUAAAAAAUCUGACAUAUUUCGCACCAAUAGUGUGUCACCGUUGUAGGUUGGUAGUUGAGAAGGUAAUAUUUAUAGGGUGAUUUGUAUGAACUCAUUGCUGACGAAAAACGAAUCUGAGCAAAGUCUGCUAAACAUAUUAUUACAAACUUAAAUUAAAAAUUAUAUACAUUUUAAAUUAUAAGACAUUGAUGACAAAAAUUACAACAAUUGUAUUCGCAUUAAUCCACCACCCCAAAAAAAUACUUUCGAAUAACUAUAAAUAACUCAAAAUAUGCCAGAUAUUUUACAACGUUUAUAAAUUAAUUACAUAAAUGUUCGGUAAAAAUCUCAAGUCUCUACGCUUAUUUUUCACUGAAUCACAAACAAUCAAAAUUAACAGAAACUGUUUUUUCGUUAAUAUUCCUGUUUAUUAAAAGUGUUUCCCACUUAUUCCACAAUACCUAUAAAUAAAAUAAUAAAAAUUAAAAAAGACCUCCUGAGUGUGGUGCAUAAAUUUGGCUACUAUAAACCAUCUAUAAUGAUGAGUAAUGCGAUAAAAUUACAAUUUCUGAGAGGCUAAUUUUUUGAUAGACCACCCAUCCCACCCUUAUUCAACAGCUAUAAAAAAAUCCCAUUCCUAAAUGUUUUAAUUAUAUUAGACUCAAAUAAGAUAGCGCUCGAUACUCCCUUUCCUUUUCCGAAUCCAUCCACGAAUAGCCCUCCAAAAAUGUGUAUAUAUUUCUCGUCCCACCGUCAAACUUUUGGCUGUAUUUAGAUCUGUGUUAAAGUUUUAUUUUUCAUUUUAAAUAACGUACAGUAGCACAUAUUGCAAUAAAACAUGAGUAUUUUAUAACAUUUAUUUAAUAUUUAGUUGAUAUUAAUAAAAUAUUAAAGUAAUUAAUAACAUUUAAUUAAGAGACCUACUUAAUGAUAAAGACAACCGGAAAUUUCAGAGGCAAUUGCCUCUCAAAUAAACCACGCCACUGUUUAUAAUGAUGAUUGUAGAAGGAUUUCUGGCUGAAAAACACAUUUAUAGACAGGAAAAAAUCAUACAUUGUAAAAUUAAUACACUCCUCGCUUCGCUCUGACUCCAUAAUUACCUAAAGGAGUGAAGGCCAAUGGUAAUUGCAAUAGGUAAAAUAUUUAAUUCUGUAGGUGGGUAUUUAAAUUAAACUCUCUUAUUUUAUAUGCAUAUUUAGUUGGCAAAACAAAUGUCAUAAAUUGUUAUAUUCAUAGUUAAAAUGACGGCGUAAAUUAAUAUUCAAAUUAUGUUAUACUAAUUCUAACUUUUAGAUUUAAUUGAUAAGGAUGGUCCCAAGGAAUUUUGUCGAAAAAAAGAAGCUCAAAACAAAAAUAAUGUAUAAAAUCAAUUAUUACAAAAGUUAAUAUUUAAUGUUGCAAUAAUUUACAAUAAAUGUUUGAAUUUAGCAUACAAUAAUAAUAUAAAUAUAAAAAUAUGAAAAUUUUAAAUUAUAUCUUUAUUAAUAAAAUUAUUAAACAAAACCGGCAAGACGUUUCUCUUUACCUCCUUUGUCCAUCCCCUCUCUUCCCAUCAUUACCUCGAUGAUUUAUUUUUUUAUUUUUUUCGUUAUAUUUUUUAUACAAUGGCUUUGUAUGAUAUCUUCUCUUUUAGAACCAGAGUUUGAAGUAUUCUUUUAUUAUUGUUAUUUACGAUUUCCGUCUGUGUACAACUUAGUACCAAAAAUCUUGCUUAAAUCGAAAAAUGACAAAAUACUUUUUUUGUAGAAAUUUAAACUAAAAAAACAUAUAAACACAUAGAUACAGGGCCGGUAUUAAAGGGUGGUAAUAGGGACAUUCGCCCCGGGACGCGAGAUUUAAGUAUCAAAUUAUAUGUUUUGAAAAAAAGCUGCAAUUAUUAGUUAGAUAUGACUUAUUAUUUUUUUCUGCUUUGUUCAUCACUUAAAUUUAAAUUUUAAAUUCCUUUUAAUUUUUAAUAAUUUUAGUUCUCAUUUAAUAUGUAAUUCAUUUGCGGUUUGCUCUUCAUUGAAAAUCCAUGUAAAUAACGAUACAGAAUAGUAUUCAUAUAAAGUACAGAGAACCCGUUGAAUCUUAUACAAACAUAGAAAUGUAUAAAGAAUACAAUUUAAGUCCCUACUCGGUCCGGUAUUUUUAUAUUUUAAAAAUCCGGUCACCGGUCCAGUGUCGGUCUUUUUAGUUGAGAAAAAUAACCGAAUCGAUUCCGCGGUUUAUUUCAUCAGCCCGGUCCGGUCCUGAUCUUAAUUUCACUUCUUUGGUUUGACCAAUUAAUUGUUGGUGAAAGUAAAAACUUUUAUAUAGUCUAGUCUGGGAAGGGAAUGAGGCCCAUGGGCCCCCCUCUGGAUCCACCACUAACUGACCAUUUACUAAUAUUUCAAAAUAAAGUACUAUCAGGUUGUUUGUAUAUAACAUGCAAUAAUGCAAUAAUAUUCAAAAACAUAUUAUUAAGUCGUAUUUUUGGAUUUUCAGUAAGAUUAUACCUAUUCUAAACUAUUAAUAUUUUCCUAAAAUUGUAAGUGAACGUAACAAUAUAAUGUGUUGUAAAAGGCGCAUUUUGAUAGAGCUCAGCGUGCAUUUUCUGGCAGUUUUGGGUACCUACCAUACAUUCCUCCAUUCGCUCAAAAUCUAAAAUAUCUAAAAUAAUACAAAAUAAUUUAAAUUAUACGAAACUGCUACAGAUUGCCCUAUUGUUUAGCUGAACCGCAAGUGCAUGCGCACAUU